UAAACAGAGCCUGGGAAACACGUGGCCGCUGCCGCUACUGCUGUUGGCGGUGGCUGCGCGUCUUCUCCGCUUGGCAAGUCCCGGCCUCUCGGCUGUCUCUCUCAGUCACCCGGCUUCAGGCGUUGCGGGAGCCACCGCCGGCAUUCAGAGGAUUGUUAACAGUUGGGCGCUAUCCGAAGCCGCUUCCCUUUUUCCACCUCGCGAAGAGGUGGCGGUGAAAAAAAAAAAGAAGAAGAAGCGAGGAGCCUCCCCCGGGCUUUACGGAAUAAGCAGCCUUCCAUCCUCCCUCAGAAGAAGGCUUUCCCGCCUUCUUCUUCCUCCCCUCCUCAGCGAGCGGCGGUACCGGCACCCUUCCUUCCCCCCCCUCCCUUCCGCAAGACCAGGCGGCGCGCAGGUGGCGGGAACGGAGCGAAGGGGGGGGGGGGGGGGGGGGGGGCUCAGCUGGCGGGAACUGGCCGGGAUUUGCUUCAGGGCUGCCUCCGAGCGCCCUGCGGUCGCAUCUCCCCGCCGACCAUGUUCCUCCUCCGCCGCUGUAACGGCAGCCGCUCGCUGCCGCGUCUCCUAUUGGUGCUGGGGAUUUCGGCCCUUGUGGCCGGGGCGGCCGCAUCGUGCUCUUCCUCGCCAGCCGGCGAAGAUUCGGUGCAGGGGCUGGUCCGGCUCGCCUCCGUGGUGAUCGAGGGCAAGGUCCUGGCUCACAGCGUGGCCGAACUAACGGCUGGCCGAAGAGGAGGAGGAGGAGGAGAAGAAACGACGUCGCUGGGGUCGCCGCCGUUGAGGCUGUCCGUGCAACCUGCCGCUGCCGCCGCCACCACCAUCAUCCUCAUCACCACCAGCUCCUCCUCCUCUUCCUCCUCCUCAGGAACGAUCCUCCCCUCCUCGCCGGCUCCCAGCCCCCCGCUCCCGCACCUCGGCAGCCCGAGCUUGGCGCCCGCCUCCGCCGUAGCUCGAGUGCGCGUGCACCAGGUGUGGCCGGCGAAAAGCGGCGGGCUGCGGAAGGACGCGCUGCUUUGGCUGCUGCUCGGAGAGCGGGGCUCCGCUUGCGGGAGCGCCUUGAAGGAAGAGGGUCGCUACGUCUUCUUCAUGGAGCCCGUGGCGGCAGCUUCGGGCGGGAACAGCAGUGAGUCGCCGUCCUCGCCGCCGCCGCCGCCGCUGCUCUUCCGAGCGUCUUCCCCGCCCCUGGAGACGGGCAGGAAUCUCAAGAAGGAGGUCAGCAGGGCGCUGUGUACCCGGGGAUGUGCUGUGCCUCCUAAAUUGAAGGAGAUGACAAGUCAAGAAUCUGCUGUCGGUCAGACACUAGUUCUCAGAUGUGAAGCCAGUUCUGAGCACGUCUCUCUCAAAUUCAAAUGGUUAAAGAAUGGGAAAGAACUAACAAAAAGAAACAGACCAGAAAAUGUCAAGAUUAAGAGCCCAAAAAAACAAAAAACAUUCUCCGAACUCCGCAUUACUAAAGCUUCUUUGGAUGAUGCUGGGGAAUAUACAUGUAAAGCAAGCAACAGAUUUGGAGAUGACAGUACUAAAGCUGAAGUAACUAUUACAGACACCAGUGAACCCACGGGCAUGAUACCAGUUUUGACAAAAGGAGUAAAUGCAUCCUCAAAACUCAUAGACAAGAUUUCUGCCUCUACUGAAGGAACAAAUACAUCUUCUACCACUUCUACAUCUACUACUGGGACAAGUCAUCUCACAAGAUGUGAUGUGAAUAAGAAAGGCUACUGUGUAAAUGGGGGUGAAUGCUUCAUGGUCAAAGAUCUUCCAAACCCAAGAUAUUUAUGCAAGUGCCCAAAUGAAUUUACUGGUGAUCGUUGUCAAAACUACGUAAUGGCCAGCUUCUACAAACAUCUUGGGAUUGAAUUUAUGGAAGCUGAGGAACUCUACCAGAAAAGGGUGUUGACCAUAACUGGCAUCUGCAUUGCUCUGCUUGUUGUUGGCAUCAUGUGUGUUGUGGCAUACUGCAAAACCAAGAAGCAGCGGAAAAAGUUACAUGACCGUCUCAGGCAAGGCCUUCGAUCAGAACGCAAUCACAGGGUCAACAUGGCAAACGGGCCUCACCAUCCUCACCCACCGCCAGAGAAUGUCCAGCUGGUGAAUCAAUAUGUAUCUAAAAACAUAAUAUCCAGUGAACAUGCUGUCGAGAGAGAAACUGAGGCAUCUUUUUCUACAAGUCACUAUACCUCAACUACACAUCAUUCUACAACUGUCACCCAGACUCCCAGCCACAGUUGGAGUAAUGGUCGGACCGAAAGCAUAAUCUCUGAAAGUCAUUCAGCCCUUGUGUGCUCCUCAGUUGAGAACAGCCGCCAUGCAAGCCCCUCAGGACCUCGCGGUCGCCUCAAUGGCAUAGCUGGACCAAGAGAAUACAACAGUUUUCUCCGGCACGCACGAGAGACACCGGACUCUUAUCGUGAUUCACCGCACAGUGAAAGGUACGUAUCUGCCAUGACCACGCCAGCUCGCAUGUCUCCUGUAGAUUUCCACACUCCAAGUUCUCCAAAAUCACCAGCUUCAGAAAUGUCUCCACAAGUCUCCAGUUUAACAAUGUCUGUCCCGUCUGUAGCUGUCAGUCCAUUUAUAGAAGAAGAGAGGCCUCUCCUGCUGGUGACCCCACCCAGGCUGCGGGAAAAAUACGAGCUUCACUUACAACAGUUCAAUUCUUCUUACCACCACAAUCCUGUCCAUGAAAGCAACAGCCUACCACCGAGUCCCCUGAGGAUAGUAGAGGACGAGGAAUACGAAACCACGCAGGAAUAUGAACCUACACAAGAGCCUCCAAAGAAACUAGUCAACAGUCGGAGGGCCAAAAGAACAAAGCCCAAUGGCCACAUUUCCACUCGAUUGGAAAUGAACACUGACACGAGUUGUGAGAACAGUAGCUCAGAGAGUGAGACAGAAGACGAAAGGAUAGGUGAAGACACACCUUUUCUGAGCAUACAAAACCCUACAACCGCUGACUUAGAAUCAGCUGCUGCAUAUAGGCUCACUGACACUAGGACUAACCAAGCCAGCCGCUUCUCAACGCAGGAAGAAUAUCAAGCAAGAUUGUCUGGUGUAAUAGCUAACCAGGAUCCCAUCGCUGUAUAAAGGAGGAGAGAGAGCGAGAGAGAGAAAAAAAAACACUUUAAAAAAAAAACCACAUAGAUUCACAUGUAAAACUUUAUUUUAUAUAAUGAAAUACUCCAUGAUUAAAUUAAAACAAUUUAUUUUAUUUUAGCAAUUACGCUAUUAGGAUUUAAAAAGAAAAACACAGGAGGGGGAAAAAACUUUUAUAAAUUAAAUAUAUAAUGUAUAUACAAAAGUGUUAUGUGCCAUAUGUAGCAAUUUUUUUACAGUAUUUCAAAAAUGAGAACGAUAUCAAUGGUGCCUUUAUGUUAUGUUGAGAGCAAGUUUUGUAAAAGUUACUAGUGACUGCUGUUCCACAGUAUUUUGCAGAAGUCUCCAACAGUCUGUUUCCCAUCAGAUUCAUGCGACUGGCUAUACGGUCUGUAACAGUGGGCUUCCCAACGGUAGCCAUUUUAAGAUGUCUGGACUUCAAUUACCAGA